AUGCUUUCUGAUGGAGAGCUGAAAGAUUUUGCUCGUGGGCAAUCCCUGUAUCGUGUUCUUCAGCCAUGGUGGGACGUUUUCAGCCAUUACCUAACCAUCAUGAUGUUCAUGAUCGGCACUCUAGGAGGUACCCUCCAACUUACACUACGCAAGAUUGUCUGUGUCCCUUGUCAAAUCACAUCAAAUGACUUUUGUGGGGCUGUCAACCACCAAGGUGAUUCAUUGAAUGACAGUGCUGCUGAAUCUAGCUUUUCAGUUAUCUCCAUGGCAACACUAAAGAUGGAUCUUCAACAGUACGCGUAUGUCGAUGCCGUGUGCUACGAACAGCACCUCCACUGGUUUGGCAAGUUCUUCCCUUAUGUUGUGAUGUUACAGACACUGGCCCUCGUGCUGAUCAGCAACUUUUGGUUCAGGUACCCGAGCACCAGUUCCAGACUCAUGCACUUUGUCUCCAUCUUACACAAAUGUUGCGAUUCACCCUGGACUACCCGGGCCCUGUCAGAGACGGUGGCAGAGCAAGGAUCGCAGCCGUCUAUGAGCAUCUCCUCUCCUCCUGAUGUCUCUCAGACAUUAGCUUCAAACGAGAGCAGGAAGCCAAUGGGAACUGAGCUGCUCAGCGUACUUGACAAGAAGGAAGCAGAACAGGCCAAAGCCAUUUUUGAAAAGGUAAAAAAACUGAAAGUGCACGUUGAGGAUAAAGACACCAUUUAUCAUGUGUACAUGAUGCAGAUUGUUAUAAAGAUUGUGUUUCUUUUGUUCACCCUGGCAUACAGCCCUUACGCAGCUUCACGCAUCCUUUUUGAUGUGCACUGUGUGGUUAAAACACAGGCGUUAAUGCCCUUUCAGGUUUUUCAAUGUGUUCACUCGUUGGCCACCAUUUUUUGGCUCCUGUCCUUAGUGUACACAGUACUGAUGAUAGUUUAUGGCUCCACUUGCCUCUACAGUUUUUGGUGGGUGAUGAGAAACUCUCUCCGGGAAUACUCCUUUGGAUCUUUGCGUGAAGAAAGCAGUUUUAGUGACAUUCCCGACGUCAAGAAUGACUUUGCCUUUAUCCUGCACCUCCUCGAUCAAUACAAUCCCCUGUUCGCCAAACGUUUCGCUGUGUUCCUAUCUGAGGUCAGUGAGAAGAAACUAAGGCAGCUCAAUCUGAAUUACCUUUGGCCGUUGGAAAAGCUAACGCUGAAGCUAGUGCGCAACACACAGGACCAGCUAGAGAUCCACCUGAUUGCUCUCAGCGGCAUCCCUGAUGCUGUGUUUGACAUUAGGGACCUGGAGGUUCUGAAACUGCAAUUCAUCCCGGACGCUAGACUCCCACAAAAGCUCACUCAACUGGGACAGCUUAGUGAGCUGUGGCUGGACCAUUCUCCAGCGACAGUGGACCUUCACGCGCUGGCCUUUCUCUCGGAGAAGCUGAAGAUUCUUCGGAUGAAAUUCACGGAGGUGGACCAAAUGCCGUGGUGGAUCGUCAACUUGCUUAACUUGUGCGAACUGUAUCUGUAUGGAAGCAUGUUUUCUCAGGACAAUACAGCCUUCAUCAACGGUUUACCCAAACUAAAGAAUCUGAAAGUGUUAUUCCUUAAGUGUAGUCUCACGGCUUUGCCUAAAGUGAUCACAAAUUCACUUCCUUCAAUACAAAAGCUUUUCAUAGACAACGAAGGCACACAGCUCGCGGUCUUGCAGAGUUUAAAAAUGAUGACGCAGCUCACCAGUUUAGAGCUGCUAAACUGUGACCUUCAGAGAAUACCAAGCCCCAUUUUCAGUUUAAAGAACCUGCAAGAGCUCGACCUGAGAGAAAACAACCUGAAAACAAUUGAGGAAAUCAUCAGUUUUCAACACUUGCCAUGGCUUAAUACCCUGAAAAUGAAGUUCAACAGCAUCACGUACAUCCCAGUGUACAUUGGAGUCCUCCAGAGUCUGGAGUACCUUCAGCUCAGUCACAAUCAUAUCAACUGUAUACCCUCACAACUUUUCCUUUGUAGCAGACUCUGCCAUCUCGAUCUUAGCUACAACAACCUCUCUGUCAUUCCCAAUGAAAUACAGGACCUGAAAAGGCUCCAGGUUUUAAACUUGUCGAACAACAACAUUGAAACGCUUCCAGAUGAAAUGUUCAAAAACAAGACCCUGCAGUCCCUUCUGCUCAGCCACAACUGCCUGGCUGUGGUGCCCAGCUUGGUGAGUGAGCUGACUGGCCUUAUACUGCUUGACCUGAGGGGAAAUCAGCUGGAGAAACUCCCUGCAGAGCUGGAAGCAUGCCAGUGCCUCAUGCCCAACGGACUAGUGGUUGAGGAGUGUCUUCUCAACUCUCUUCCACCCAGUGUUAAAGAAGGUUUCCAGAGGUCAGACAGAGAGUAUUUGGGCAAGUGUGAAACAGAGAGUGCAAGUAAUUCAUUGAACUGCAACCCGAUAAUCUGCAAUGCAGGUUAUGGAGACAGCAGUCUCUUGAACUCUAUGUGA